UUCUAAAUUAAAAAAAAAACAUAGAGAAAAGGAAUUCAAAAGUCCACGGGGAAAUUUUGAAAUUUGAAGAAAAUUUCAAGGGAAAUAACAGAAAUUCAUAAACUCCGCCACGAGACCUUUGAGUUUCACAAAGUGUCCUUAAAUAGAUAAAUGGUACUACAAACUAAUUGUAUAAACUAUAUAAAUAUCUGCACGCCUUGUAUUUUCAAUAGUUCGGAGUAAGGGAGGUUGAUUUUCGAAAAUAACUCAAAACUAAGGAGGCGUAGGUGUUCGUAGGAAGUAUUUAAAGCGGCGCGUAUCGAUCCCGGUAGGCGCAUGCGCGGCAUUAUUUGCGUCCUCGUCGUCGAGAGUACCGGGAGGAAACAGGAGUUCCUCUCGAGCAGGGUCUUCGUCGUCGAUUAAAAAUUGCAGGUGCAUCCGGAUCCAUGAAUUUGGCACCAGGUCGAGUGGAAGUCCGCACCUGCAGCGACGCAGGUUCGCCCUCGAUGUCGAAGACGGACGAUAACCUGUCCAACAGCGAUGGACCGUUGCUGAAGAAAAAUCUCUGCCGAAACGGCAGCGACUCGAGUUCCGCCAAAGAUGGUCUAGGGUUCCCCUCGAAGGACACCCCGAGGUACAUCGACUCCACACAAGACGACUCCGACUUGUCUUCCACCAGGAAGAGAUACUGUUUCUGGACCCUGAGCUGUGCGUUACUGAUAGCUGGUUUAUGCAAUCUGCUAAUCACCGUCACCAUAAUCGCAGUUCUCCGUGUCAGCCGGGGAAUGGAGUCCUUGGAGGUGAUCCCUGAAGAGAACCUUAUCAAGUUCUACGGCAGAACCGACCUGGACAUGGUCUCCUUGGAGGAGGGUGUCUGCCAGGGAUACGGCGACGAGCCUAUGGAGGUAUCUGGGGACGAGGCAGGAGUGCUGAUGGCGUUUUCUUCGGAUAAAAGGGAGGACCGUACCAGGUCCAGCGUGGAGGUCCUUCCAAAUGGUACCACGGUGUCCAGGGUGGAGUCCUUCAUAGUGGAGGACCCUCGUACAGGAGAGGCAUACUUCUCCACGGACUUUCCAAAUUUUGGGCUGCCGGCAGGUGUGGAGAACAUCGACAUCAAGAUCGCAGAGACCCACCGAGUGACCUCUCCGGUGAACGAGAGUCUCAUCUUCGAGUCCAAGGAGCGAAUUUCGAUGCACGGGGCUGAGGGAACGUUGUUGGAGAGCAAGGAGAUCCUGUGGACGGCUGGUAGCGACAUGUUCCUGAAGAGCGUGAACGGCAAUAUCGUGUUGGAUGGGAAAAACGGAGCGACGAUCAAUGUCAAGUACCUUCACGUGGCAGCGUCCUCCACAGGCCAGGAGGACUCGUCAAAUCAGUACAAGAUCUGCGUCUGCAUGCCCCAGGGGAAGCUGUUCCGAGUGCCGGUAUCUUCAGGGGCCUCCAAACACGUCAACUGUGCCCAUGUCACGACUACGCUCGAGAGCGACCCCUGUCUCUCCUGAAAUGACUAAUUUCAAUUACUAACCGUUAAAUUAAAUCUGUCGAAGGAACAUGAGGAAGAUGCUGGGGUACACCGGGGCCUGACGAGUCCCCAAGACUGCCAGAUUUACGCUCGUAUCAAUUUACUCGACACUUAACUUACAGCGAUGGACAAAGUACAAUGUGUUCUUCCUGAAACAUUCGGUGGAAGGUGUCAACCGAAACGCGCCAGAGGACUAAAUAAUCAGGCCUAAUGUUACGAACAAGUCGGAGGGUCUCAUUUCAUAAUUUCACGCACAAUAUCAUUCUGGAGACUGAACUAUACUUAUCAGCGAAACUCGCGUAUUGUAGAUAUCGCCUGAGGGUGGAAACCGUUCAUCAUUGUACACUAAGUUGAAAUAAAUAAUGAACGAAUGUUGCGCGAUUUAA